CUAAAUGUUGUAGUAAGAAACAAAGAAGUAAAAGAUUCUUUUAUCGAUUGGCAAAACGUCACUUUCUGUAUUUUAUUUUAAAUUUUCCUCGUAUUUUGAACAAUUUUCUAUCAACCCCCGUAUUCAAUUAAAUAACGUUCGUUCCAAGCAAUAAGCGGAAGAAAAUUCGCUUUCCACGGACAAUCCAAACUCAACCAUCUUUUCCAUUGGGCAUUCGCAAUUUCACAGAGCUCAUAUUGCGAAUGAGCAUGUCAAAGCAAGAAACAAAUCAAUACUCAGGCUUUCCCGACCAGUUCGUCAAGAAAAUCGCCGGAAAAUUCAUCUAAAAAAUCGGGAAAUUUUCGGGAAAUUCUUUUAUAUAAGAGAUUAUAAAAUAUUGAACUUUAUAAAUUUGUUUAAAUGUUAAAUGGUGGUGUAAAGUUUACGGGUAGUGGCUUUUUUUUCGGAAAACUCGGGAAUUUUUCGUGACUUUGCCGGCGCACGUACGUAGGUAUAAUGAAUAAUUGCGUUGUUCGACAUGAGUAGCUAAAUAUUUAUAGCAUAAAUGAUUCAUUAAGACAGAAUUGUUCAACAGAACUUUGUCGAGUGUAGCAAGGAGAGUAGGUGAGGAAAUUGGAAAAUUUGUGGAUAUGGCAUCGAAAGUUAUGGUCAAAAUACCUGUCGCUCCUUUUGGCAAGGUGAACAAAAAAUCAGGUAAUGUCAACGGCGACAUAGUUGUUUCAUCGAGACCAACUGACAUCUCGACCCGAUCCACAGAUAUCCAGAGAAGUCCUGAACAGAGUCGGAUAGCUCAACUUGAACAAAAUAUCCGGUUUUUACAGGAGCAGCAUCAGCUCAUGCUCACUGGCUUACACAACGAAAUUGAGAAAUUGAAGACCAGAAAUCGAGAACUACAGUUCCAAUUAGUUUUUGUGAAAGGAUCUCCUUCUUUGAGCUCAGCAUCAUCUCCAGAAGAUGAAACCAAACAUAAGGUAUUUACGAGCCCGACACCAUUUAAUAAGACGCCUCUGCAAAUAGAGAUCUUAGAAAAAGAACUAGGGGAACUGAAACUGCAAUCUCAAGAAACAGAUAGUAGAAACGCCUAUCUUUCAGCUAUAGUAGACGAGCAGAAAAAAAAACUGGAACGAUACGAACGUGAUCGCGAAAAAGAACGAGAACGCGCAGGUCAACCUGAUCCGGAGCUGUUGCGCAAACUAGACGAUGCAGAAACAAUCAUACGAAGACUUCGCAGAGAGAAUUCCGACUUAAGACGAGAAAAUUCGGCUGGACAAUGUUCUCCGCGCGAAGUUGCGUAUUCGCAGCAUCAGAGAAACGGGGAGAAUGGGUUUUCUUCGCCGAGGAAUGGUCAACAUGGACAACAAGGACAGCAUUCUGGACGAGGAAAUGGUGGACGGUAUAGAGGAAAUAAUGGGCAUUAUAGGGGAAACUGGUUCCCUCCUUUGCACUCUCAAAGUUAUUGGCAAGGUGGCCGAAACCACGAAAGAUCCUCACAAGGUGAAAAUAGCGUAGGCUUACCAAGCCUUCAAGGCAACGAUGGGCACUAUCAAAGUAGAAGAGGCUCGAAUAACAACCACUACAACGGCGAAAACAGGAAAUACAGGGGAGGUCAGAAGAACGGCGGCAAACAGACGUAAUUUGUACUAGAAUUUAUCCACUAGAUGCUUUUAAAGGCUGUCAUAUUUUUAAUAAUUUGAAUAUAUAAAUGUUGAACUAGAAGAAUUUUCCCAGAUGGAAAAAACUUGAGGAGAAGAUGGAACUGAAGAAGAUAUAUAUAUAAUCGAUGGGAUUGAGAGAGGAAAUAAUUUUAAUUGCAAUGUUUUAAGAUGAAAUAUUGAUAAAAAGGUUUAAAAAUUUAACAGUUAGAAACAGGAGAUAACUUUGUCAAGUAUGAUAUUUUUAAAUAUUGAAUAUCUAUAAAAAGUCUGUGUAGAUUGAUUCAAAAGUAAAUGCCAUUUUUUUUAUAAAGAGAAUGAAUUUUGCUUUUGUUUCUAUCGUUGUUUUAUAAUAAUAAAUUGGUAUAGAAAAAAAUAAAAAAAUAAAAGAUUGAAGUAUUGGUCUAAUAAUAUUAUUCAGUUAUUUCAUGUUGAGACCUUGCAAUGGAAAUUUGGAAAAAGUAAUAAUAGAAAUUGAUACCAAAUGAAAUUUAUGCUUUUCCCACCUGGGAUUAGAAUUUAAAAAAUAUUAAAACUUUCAAUAUUAGAUCCAAAGUGUUCGUGCGUCGGUGUUGAAAAAUCGGAACAAAAAUAUAUAGCGAUUUAAUUUGAGGCUGAAGGGUGCCAAAAUCGUCAACUUCCUUUCAAAAAAAUCAAAACUGAAUAUUAUAGUGGGGUUUCAAAAACUUUAUGUUACAGUAUAACAUAACAAGAAUGGUAAAUAUAUUGCGCACGGAUGGAAAAAUUUCAAAAGAUGCAUGUAGCGUCGAAUGCUAAACCCUCGAGUGUUGUAGGUACUAUACUUUUUCUACGAUCACGAUAAAUAUAUAAAAAUACUUAAAUUGUUGAAAUAGUACCUUAAAUCUUUUGAGUGAUUGUUCCGUAUACUUCUCUAUUUAGUCUCUUCAUUGAAAUCGGGAAUAUUAAAUAAAAUUUAUCCCAUCUGGCACAGAAUGAUUUCUUGAUGCUAUAAUUCAGUUAUUUAGAGGCUUUUUAAUCUUUGCAAUAAUACCAACGAUUACCAUCAAUUUUAUCAUCUAAGAAAUUAAAAUAAAACUCAAAAUUUAAAUUUCAAGGGCAACUAGUUUCGGUCAAAUUUUACCAUCAUCAGGCAAAAUAAUUUGUUAACAAAAACAGCAAUAAAAGUUUAUUUGGAACUUCAUUGGUAUUUAAAAAACACAUGGUAAAAAAACCUUCUUAUGAUGAAAGUAAGAUUAAACAAUUUAAAAGUUAAUGUUUGAGAUAUUGAUAACCUUGUUACCCUAUCUAAAACCUUUUUAUAUUCAUUCAUAAAUACUGAGUGUUCUGACUUUUAUGUAACAUAGUAAACUUAUCUUAAAAGCGUAUUUACAAUAGUGAUCGUAGAAAAUAUGUUUUUAUAUCUAUUUUCCAGAAAAUAUGAUUUUUAAUAAAAAGUUGGUAAAAGAAACGAAAAAUAAUUUUGAAUAAAUUUUUAGAUAUUUUUUAUCGUAUACGAGGAAGAUUGAAAAAUAUAUAGCCCGCUGGCAUUGUUACAAAAAAAAAAUCUGUAAAAUUGAGAAUCGUUGUUUUUUAUCAAAUUUUGUAAAAAAAAUAUUUUCUAAAGAAUUGGUAUUUUAAAAUUUUUACCAUAGGUAUACUUUAAAUUUUUUGAAAUCCAAUUUUUUUUUAAUUCCCUUUUUAGAGCAAAACAGAAGGAAGUUUGGGUGGUUCGAAUGUACCUACUGGUCUACAUACAAUAUUUUUCAUUCAAUAAUAGGUAUUUCAUUUAAAAGUAUCUAUGCGAAACAUACAGAUACCUUUACGUGCUAUUUUCUUGGUGGAUUAGAAUAUACAAAAUAAAUUAUUUGUUUUGGCACAAAUGUAUUUCUUGCCUAAAGUAUCUAAACUGACUUUUUGUGCUUAUCAGUGAUCUGAAAAAUAAGAAUGGUGUAUUUUUUAAAGAAAUAGUCACCAUACUUUAAAAAUGCUAUAAUAGCAUGAGAUAUAAUGGACGUUUUGAACGGUAUAUGCAGGGUGUCCAACUUUAUAUUGACAUAUUUUAGUUGAUUAUUGUAUCUCCAAAACAAUUCAAUUUUAUUAAAUUGGUUUGGUCUACAAUUACUCUUUUCUUUUAUAUUUUACCACAUUAUACAGUACCG